AUGAUUACUUCAGGCAAUGAAGUACUCUUUAUUAACAAGCAAAUACCUAAUAUUUUUGAUCAAGAUGUAAAAAAUGAGGAGCUAUAAAAUAUUGAGCGAUAAUAUUAAUAAUAACAGUCAGUCGAGAGUAGUGACGAUCAAAUGGAGACAUAGUCUUAAUAUUAAAUAAUAGAAAAACUUAAAUCAACUGUAGCUAAAGUUGAAAAAGUUUAGCUUUAAUAAAAUUAAUAAAUAGAGAUAAAAUUCAAUAAUCUUUGGGAUUACAUUCUGGCUAAAUAAUAUGAGCAUACUAACUUCAAAGACAAAAUUAAUCCUCAAGAUAUUUUCAACCUACCCCUGACUAAUCAAUUGUCUGAUGGACUAUAUUUUAAGUAUAAAAACUCCUCGAAAGAAGGCAAUACAAAGAGCAAAAGAUUAUAGAUAUUUUCUAGCAUCAUUAGCACAAGCUAAAAUCCAUUUGUUGUCACAACUAUCAGAGAUUAAUCACUAUAUUUAGAACUAGAGAAAUAGAAAAAUAUCACACUUGCUAAGACAUAGGCGUUUGCCUCGGCUGCUCAUGAAUUCAGGAAUCCUCUAGGAGCAAUAAUCAACUCUCUUGAUCUCCUAGAGGAUAAAAUCGUUUAAGAUAAAGGUGGCUAGAUGUUUUUUAAAACUGCAAAAAAUUGUUCCCAGUUAAUGCUAUACCUUGUUAAUGAUAUACUUGAUUUUAGUCAAUUAGAAUCAUAGAAACUUAUGCUUAAUAUUGACUGGGUCGAAAUUAAAACUCUAUUGGAGGAGUGCAUAAAUGUUCUCAAGUUUAGAUCUGAUCAAAAAGGAUUAGAUUUGUUUUAUGAAAUUCAUUAAAGCUUCCCAAGUAAAAUACAAACAGAUGAGCAUAGGUUGAGAUAAAUAUUGAUUAACCUUCUUUCUAAUGGAAUAAAAUACACUUGCAAAGGCUAUGUCAAAAUCCUCUGUUAUAAGAAAGCUUAAUCUGAAUAGCUUUGUAUCAGAGUCUAAGACAGUGGAGUUGGAAUAGCCAUUUAAGACUAAGAAAAGCUCUUCAGUGCUUUCAAUAAAACUAAGAAGAAUCGUGAUCUAAAUAAGGAUGGAUGUGGUUUAGGCCUAACGAUCAGUAAAAAUUUAGCCUAAGCACUUCAAGGAGAUAUCAUUGUAGAAUCUUAAGUUGAUAAAGGUUCUAACUUUAUAAUAUUGUUACCUUACAGAUACAACUAAUUUGAUGAUUUGCCUGAUAGACAAUCACAUAACUUAGUUUAAGAAGAAAUGAAUGAAUAUCGCAGACAUUCAAAUAAAUAUAACUCUUAUCAAGAAGGAUCAAUGAUGAAAGAUAUUGAGAGAAGAAAGAAUAGUAAUUAUAGAUCUAACUCUAUACAACAUAAUAGUAAUCACCGCCAUUCUCUCAGUUAUUUAGAGACUCCUUAAAAACCACAUGAUAGCCAUCAAUACGAGUACAAUGAGAUAUAAAGUUAGUUUGAAAUUACAUAAAAUGUAGAUACAGACAGAGAUUUAAUGACAAAGAUUCAAGAUUACAUUGCACCAAUAAAGAAUAUAUUUCUACCUGACGUCACAAGAAGAAGCAUAGUAUAGCUUUAAGAUUUCCCUCAAAACUAUGUCAUUACUAAUUAAUCUGUUAUAGACUUAGAAACUGUAAGUAUUGAUAUCUAAGAAGAUACUAAGAAAUAGCAGGAGUGCAAAUGCCCUAGAAUACUAAUUGCUGAUGAUGAUCCUUUCAAUAUUAUAGCUGUUGAAGGAAUGCUUAAUUCAAUUGGUAUAUCAGAGAUUGAGAAAGUUUUUAAUGGAAGUGAAGCAAUUGAUAGAAUUAGAAAAAAUUUCAAUUCCUAAUAAAGUUUUCAAGGGCAGUUUAAAGAUGGCAAAAUUUAAAGCUGCAAAGGUCAUUGCUAAUAUAAGAUUAUUUUAUUAGAUAACUAAAUGCCACUUAUGAAUGGCAUUGAUGUGGCUAAAACUAUCAGGUUGGAAUUCGAACAUUAAAUCUAACAAGGACCUUCAAGGAUAUUCUUAUUGUCAGGGGACAAUUUUACAAAAAUGGAUGCUAGUCUAAGAAAUGCUUUUGAUGAUAUUAUUAUGAAACCAAUAUCAAAAUAAAAAAUACAGGAAAUUUUAAACUUGUGA